UCUAGCACAGGCGCAAUGCAGCGCUCAUCCCUGGCGCAGGCGUUUGGGUGUUGCUCCCGCCCCGCUUCCUCAGCCGUCGUCUCCACCGGGCUCGGGUGGGGCCCAACGGCGGCGAGUGACAGCGACUGCGAACUGCGGGAGCAGGACGGGUGGCAGCCAUGUCGGACAGCGGGGCGAGCCGCCUGCGAAGGCAGCUGGAGUCGGGGGGCUUCGAGGCGCGGCUGUACGUGAAGCAACUGUCGCAACAGUCGGACGGCGACCGCGACCUGCAGGAGCACCGGCAGCGCGUGCAGGCGCUGGCGGAGGAGACGGCACAGAACCUGAAGCGCAACGUCUAUCAAAACUACCGGCAGUUCAUCGAGACGGCGCGCGAGAUCUCGUACCUGGAGAGCGAAAUGUAUCAGCUGAGCCACCUGCUGACAGAGCAGAAGAGCAGUCUGGAGAGCAUCCCGUUGGCACUGCUGCCCGCCGCCGCCGCGGGCGCCUCCACGGGUGAGGACGCGGCGGGCGCGGGGCCGCGGGACCGCGGGGCGGCCCAGGCAGGCUUCUUGUCCGGGCCGACGGGUGUCCCCCGCGAGGGCCCAGGUACGGGCGAGGAGGGCAAGCAACGCACUCUCACCACGCUGCUGGAGAAGGUGGAGGGGUGCAGGGACCUGCUGGAGACGCCAGGACAGUACCUGGUGUACAACGGGGACCUGGUGGAGUAUGAGGCGGAUCACAUGGCCCAACUGCAGCGCGUGCACGGCUUCCUCAUGAAUGAUUGUCUGCUGGUGGCCACCUGGCUGCCACAACGUCGAGGCAUGUACCGCUAUAAUGCGCUUUACCCGCUGGACCGCCUGGCGGUGGUCAACGUCAAGGACAACCCGCCUAUGAAAGACAUGUUCAAGCUGCUCAUGUUCCCUGAGAGCCGCAUCUUUCAGGCAGAAAACGCCAAGAUUAAACGUGAGUGGUUGGAAGUGCUGGAGGAAACCAAAAGGGCGCUCAGUGACAAGAGGAGGAGGGAGCAGGAGGAGGCGGCUGCCCCUCGAGCACCACCACCGGUGACUUCCAAGGGCAGCAACCCGUUUGAGGAUGAGGAUGAUGAAGAACUGGCCACCCCCGAGGUGCAGGAGGAAAAGGUAGAUCUCUCCAUGGAGUGGAUCCAGGAGUUGCCUGAAGACCUGGAUGUCUGUAUUGCGCAGAGAGACUUUGAGGGUGCGGUGGACUUGCUGGACAAAUUGAAUCAUUACUUGGAAGAUAAGCCCAGCCCACCUCCUGUGAAAGAACUGAGGGCCAAAGUGGAUGAAAGAGUGCGACAGCUCACGGAGGUACUGGUGUUUGAGCUCUCCCCGGAUCGAUCUCUGAGAGGUGGCCCUAAGGCUACUCGCAGGGCAGUGUCUCAGCUGAUCCGACUAGGCCAGUGCACUAAGGCUUGUGAGCUGUUUCUGAGGAACAGGGCAGCAGCUGUGCACACUGCCAUCCGCCAGCUUCGAAUUGAGGGCGCCACCCUGCUUUACAUUCACAAGCUGUGCCACGUCUUCUUUACCAGCCUCCUGGAGACCGCAAGGGAAUUUGAGACAGACUUUGCAGGCACGGACAGUGGUUGCUACUCUGCGUUUGUGGUCUGGGCAAGGUCUGCCAUGGGCAUGUUUGUGGAUGCUUUCAGCAAGCAGGUUUUUGACAGCAAGGAAAGCCUGUCCACUGCAGCCGAGUGUGUGAAGGUGGCUAAGGAGCACUGCCAGCAGCUGGGAGAGAUUGGGCUGGAUCUCACCUUUAUCAUCCAUGCCCUGCUGGUGAAGGACAUCCAGGGGGCCUUGCACAGUUACAAAGAGAUAAUCAUUGAAGCCACCAAGCACCGAAACUCGGAGGAGAUGUGGCGUCGGAUGAACCUGAUGACCCCUGAGGCCCUGGGAAAGCUCAAAGAGGAGAUGAGAAGUUGUGGGGUCAGUAACUUUGAGCAGUACACAGGAGAUGACUGCUGGGUGAACUUGAGCUACACAGUGGUAGCUUUCACCAAGCAGACCAUGGGCUUCCUGGAGGAGGCGUUGAAACUGUAUUUUCCAGAACUACACAUGGUGCUCCUGGAGAGUCUGGUGGAAGUCAUCCUGGUUGCUGUGCAGCAUGUGGACUACAGCCUGCGGUGUGAGCAGGACCCAGAGAAGAAGGCAUUCAUAAGACAGAAUGCAUCCUUUCUUUAUGAAACUGUCCUCCCAGUGGUGGAGAGGAGGUUUGAGGAAGGUGUGGGGAAGCCUGCCAAGCAACUGCAGGACCUGCGGAAUGCAUCUAGACUCCUGCGGGUGAACCCUGAGAGCACCACUUCUGUGGUCUGAGGCCUGAGGCCCUGAUCUGCUGUGUGUAUACAUACAUGUACUACAGAUGCAUUAUUUGUACUUACAUUAA